GAGUCUCCUGCCAAUGAACCUCAAUUUCAGACUGUCCUUGGUCGUGGGCACCAUGCUAAAAAUACCACAUGCUUGACUGAGAGCAUCACGGCAGAAUUGGAAGGUAGUCAAGAUGUUCCUGCUGCUAAGUCUAAGCCACGGAGAAGCAAGAAGUCGAAAACCACCCAGAACCGCUUCAAUGGUCUUACCAUCGAGGGUGACCUGGACGACGAAGGGAGUGACUAUGUCAGUCCUUCAGGUUCGCAGUCAGAUACUACAUCAGACUCUGGUCAUGAAUCCGACGUCAUUGAGAUUACUGAACGAAGAGCUCGCUCACUUGUUGCCUUCGAAAACGGUUCCGGAACGAAUGAAUAGGCGCAACGAAGCAGCAAGCACAUAGCCAAGAAGUCAACCACUCAAGCUUUGGUGACUGCAACUGCAACUGCCAAUGCGCAAGAAAAUUCUGCUGAAGACGUUGCACCCCUUCGAAGUUCUGCUGCCCACUGUCAAGGCUGCCAAGCGGAACCCGAUAUACCACUUCUAUGAUGUUGUACAGUUAAAUGCUGCAGGUCAGGUUGGCGAUGCAGGAGACAGACAUUACAAAUGUCACUUGGGUAAUUGGAAGGUUCUCACUAUCACACGUGCAAUGAAAAGCAGCUUGAAUGGCCUGAUUGGGCAUCUCAAAACACAUUUUCCACCUAUGUACUGGUUAUACCUCAUCUUGAAGUCGCAUGGAACACCUCCCACUGAAGACGAGCUCAAAAUGGCACGAGGCAAAAAAGUUCUCGAUCCAGCAGCAGCAGCAGCAUACGUGACACAGCUUGAACAAGCAUCUGCAAAUCUUGUCGACGCCUUCAACAAACAAGUCAACAAAGCAUUUGGUGACUGGAACCAAGACAAAUUCGAAGACCUGCUUGUGAAAUGGCUUGUUGCAUGUGACCAGCCGUUUGACGAGGUUGAAAAGCCAGAGUUCAAAGCAUUCAUUGAGUACACUCACCAAGGUUCGCUAUGUAUCCCUGGACGAAUGGCAAUCAAAUGUCAUAUCAUGAAGAUGGGUGACAAGACUAUCCAAGGAAUCAAAGAUAUGGUUCAGGUAGGUUGA